AUGGUAAAUGGAGAAUCUUGUACGAUUAAGCCUUACACAAAAUCGAAAAAACAAGCGAUUGCUUCGGUUCCACCAAUAUUUCUAUCUCACGGUGAUUCUAUAAUGAAAGGUGAUGGUAAAGGACCAAAUGAUGAUGCUAAUUCUUUGUAUAAAGUUAUAGCAGUUGAGAUAACAGUUAUUGACAAUACUGUUAUUGACAAAUAUGCUAAGCAUGACAAAACAAAUAGCAAUUUUUGUAUAAAUGAAACAGGUGAUUCUACUAAUAAUCGCAAACUAAACUCCGAUGAAGGAUCUGGUCCUGGUGCGCAUGAUAUCUCCAGAACGUUAACAUGCGAUAAAUAUACAAUCGGGACAUUAAAAAAUGAUCUCAAGACUAGAGAAAAAGAUAUGGUCUCUAGCCAGAAUGAUUGCUCGGAAUCUGUCAAGGGAAAACUGUCCUUUGGCUUUCCGCGACGACAUAUUGGUCGUAGCAUAAUGGAACAUCAGAAUGCUCAUGAACAUUGUGGAUCACCCGCACCAUGUCCAAAAGUUUUGUAG